UAAAAGUGCAUCUUUUAAAACUAAGUGGGUUGUUCAUGUAAUAAACUAAUGCUAAAGCCUAGAUGGGAUCAACAAUGAAAAUGUCAUCUACCCUAAAAAAAUCUUUGCCCCUUCUUACCAAAUUGACCCUUCAUAGUUUUUUUUCAUCCAUAUCCUUAAAAAGGCCACAAACAACUUCAACAAAAACCAAACAACAAUUUUGUGUACCACAUUUCUCCAUCAAACAACAAUGGCUGCCACUAUAACAGCUGCCAUUUCCACUCUCCCAAAACUCUACAAAUCCACCUUAGCUCCAAAACCCAUUUCCCUUCUUUCCCAAAAAUGCCCUCUCUCUUCUUCAUUUUCUAUUCCAUUCAAGGUACAACUCCCAAAGCUCAACGUACAACACCUCAAUGCUCACACCAAAACUACAUUUCCAAGAAUCUCCGCUACAAUCUCCGUAGGAGACAAACUACCCAAUUCAACACUUUCCUACUUCGAUCCAUCCGAUGAACUCAAAACCCUUUCAGUCUCCGAACUCACAUCUGGUAAAAAGGUUGUCCUUUUUGCUGUUCCAGGUGCAUUUACACCAACAUGUUCGCAGAAACAUCUACCUGGUUUUGUGGAAAAGUCUAAGGAGUUAAAGGACAAAGGGAUUGAUGUAAUUGCUUGUGUUUCGGUUAAUGAUGCUUUUGUGAUGAAAUCUUGGAAGGAGAAUUUGGGAAUUGGUGAUGAAGUUUUGCUUUUGAGUGAUGGGAAUUUGGAGUUUACUAAGGCUAUUGGAUGUGAACUUGAUCUUAGUGAUAAGCCUGUGGGACUUGGUGUUAGGUCUAGGAGAUAUGCUAUGCUUGUGGAGGAUGGUGUUGUUAAGGUUUUGAAUUUGGAAGAAGGUGGUGCGUUUAAUGUUAGUAGUGCUGAAGAUAUUCUCAAGGCUCUUUAGGGGUUUAGUUGUUUUGUUUUGUUGUUGUUUAUGUCUUUUGAGGGAAUGUUGAUGACAAUCUUGAGGUUAAAAUGUCUCUGUUAUUAGUCUUUGUGAUGAAUAAUACAGAUGUCUUUAGAGA